CACCAGCUUUUGCCGGAAGGGAUCGCGGCUGAUAUGGCGGAGGACCCGCAGGGCGGCGGUACGGGUGGUAUGCAGCACCCAGUCCCUAGUGCGAGCCACGGCAACUUCCCAGAGUACGAGCUUCCGGAGCUGCACACCCGGGAGUUCCACGUGCGUUCCUUUGGGGAGCUGUGGCGCGGCCGGCUCGGGACCCGGGAUUUGUCGCUGAGCGAGCCCCAGGCAGCCGCGCAGCCGGCGGACGGAGGGACGUCGGACAACGGCUUGGAGGAUGCUGCGGUGGCCGGGGAUCUGGGCUGCAGUCUGGAGGCGGCCGCAGAGCUAAAGGUCGUGUGCGGCCUUGAUAAACUGAGAUGCCUCGAAGAAAAUGAAGACCCAGAAGUCAUCCCAGAGAACACUGACCUAGUGACUUUAUGUGUUCGGAAGGGGCUCUUGGACUAUCGGGAAGAAAACAUCACGAUAGACCGCGCCUGUAGACAAGAAACAUUUGCUUAUGAAAUGGAAUCUCAUGCACUUGGGAAAAAACCUGAGAAUCCAGAAGACAUGAUUGAAGAAGGGGAGCUUAUCCUAUCUGUGAACAUCUUGUACCCUGUUAUAUUUAACAAGCACAGAGAACACAAACCGUACCAGACAAUGUUGGUAUUGGGCAGUCAGAAGCUCACCGAACUGAGGGAUUCAAUUCGCUGUGUCAGUGACCUCCAGAUUGGUGGAGAAUUCAGUAGUACUCCAGACCAGGCCCCUGAGCACAUCAGCAAAGACCUAUACAAAUCAGCUUUUUUUUAUUUUGAAGGAACCUUUUACAAUGACAAAAGAUACCCAGAAUGCAGAGACUUAAGCAGAACUAUUAUAGAGUGGUCAGAGUCCCAUGAUCGAGGAUAUGGAAAAUUUCAGACUGCUAAAAUGGAAGAUUUCACAUUUAAUGACUUGAAUAUUAAACUUGGCUUUCCUUACUUAUACUGUCACCAGGGAGAUUGUGAACAUGUUGUUGUUAUUACAGACAUAAGGCUUGUGCAUCAUGAUGACUGCCUGGAUAGAACACUUUAUCCCCUUCUUACCAAGAAACACUGGCUAUGGACCAGAAAAUGUUUUGUCUGCAAGAUGUAUACAGCCAGAUGGGUGACGAACAGUGACACCUUUGCACCGGAGGAUCCAUGUUUCUUUUGUGAUGUUUGCUUCAGGAUGCUCCACUAUGAUUCCGAAGGCAACAAACUAGGGGAAUUCCUUGCUUAUCCUUAUGUCGACCCAGGAACCUUUAAUUAGUACCACCAAACAACGUUUUUCCCCCACUAAAGUUUACUUAUUACAGUGUUUUGUGUUGUGGCUUUUAAUUAAAUUGUUUAUGUUACUGAGAUGUAGAAAUACUUUUGUAUUCUGAAUAUAUAAACUUUGUUGGAAACAAAACUUCUGAUUCUUUUCUCCGAGUCCUAUGCAUUCUGUACCCAAAUGGGUUUUGCUAAUGAUAGAAUGCAGUUAACAAUACAUCAAGUCUAGUAGUCUUUUUAAAGAACUCUGUGAAGGAUGUGAGAGCUACACCUCCUACUAUGAAGUGUCCAAGGUAAAGACCCUUCAAAUAUCUGUAGUAAGGAGAAAUUAAAAGCAAAUUAUUUGACCAACAGAAUAUUAGGAGUAGUUACAAUUUAAUUUUGGGCUCCUGUGAUAAUUUUAAGGCAGAUGCUAUAAAAAGAUUUUAAGUUACACUCAUAGUAUUAUUUAAAGUGUAGCCCAUUUCUUGAAAUCACAAAUGGGUUGAGUUUAAAAUGUCAUUUAAAGUUAUGGCUAAAGAAAACAAUAGCAAUUUUACAUUACCGUGGCUCAUUUAAUCUUCAUAGUACUUUUGAGCAUGUGAAAAUCAGUAAGAAGAAAGAAAAUCGUUUCAGUUCAGUGCUUCCAUUCUUCUGUCCCCUUGCUGUAACAAUCAUAGUUACAUUUCUAAUUCAGAGCUAUAGAAAAACAAAAACUGCUAAACAGAUUUUAUCAAAAUAUUUUGUGGAAACUUUUAGGGUAGAAAAUGAACAUUUAUAAUAAUAAUAUAAAAUAGGCUUUUAACCAUUACUUUCUCUGUCCUAGGUUUAAUUUAAAUUCAGCUGAGUCUUCUCUAGAUGGCUGCUAAGAACAGAUAAUUACCUUAUAAAUAAACCAAUGAAGCCUA